CUAUGUUGUUUGAUCCAAAAUUUUGGCCUAAUGUUGCGUUUUGUAUCAAAAGCACAAUACCUUUGGUUAGUGUUUUGCGAGAAGUUGAUUCAGAGGAGAGGCCUGCUAGGGGUUACAUUUAUGAGUUGAUGGAUUUGGCUAAAGAAAAGAUUGCUUUCAAUUAUGGAGGAAAUGUUAGGAAGUACGGACCAAUUUGGAAUAAGAUAGAUGCAAGGUGGACACCACAACUUCAUAGACCUUUACAUGCUGCUGGUUAUUAUCUAAACCCUCAGUUGCGCUAUCGAGAUUCCUUCUCCAAUGUUGAGGAGGUGAGGCAAGGAUUGUAUUAGUGCAUGGAUAGAAUGUUGAGUUAUGAUGAGCGUCUCAAGGCUGAUAUCCAAUUGGACUAUUAUGAUCAAGCAAAAGGGGAAUUUGGAAGUUGUGUUACAAUUGAUUCCAGAGCGAUACGCUCUCCCAGUAAGAAACUAAUAUGAAAAUAAUUUUCCAAUUACAUUCUAUAAAAUUAAAAUAUGAUAUUGAAAUUAUUUGUGCAUUUUUCAAAUUAUGUAGCUGAUUGGUGGAUUCGUUUUGGGAGCAAAACACCAGAGUUAACAAAAUUUACUAUUCGAAUACUUAGUCUAACUUGUAGUGCUUCGGGAUGUGAGAGGAAUUGGAGCACCUUUGAGUCGAUUCAUACAAAAAAGAGGAAUAGGCUUGAGCACAAACGUUUGAAUGCUUUGGUCUAUGUGAAGUACAACACUAAACUAAGAGAGAGCAGUAUCAGAAGAAGACAAAACAUCGAUCCAAUACUAAUUGAUGAAAUUGAUUCGGAUGAUGAAUGGAUUGCUGAAAAAGAUUUUGUCCUCUCCCUCGAUGCUUCUUGGCUUGAUGAAGAAGAAUUGUUCGAUGCUGAAGCAAUUAGGACUGUGCCUAUCACUACAUAUGAUAGAAGUGUGGAGAAUCGAUCAACUACGACUACAAUUAAUGUUGACUCAUCUUCGAAUGCAAAGAAAAGAAAUGUUGGUGAAGGUUCAAGAAAUGAUAGAGGAAAAGGCAAGGCAGCAAGAUGCACCCUUGUGGAUGAAGAUAUGGCGUUGGAAGAAGUUGGUGGAAUAGAUGAUGGAACCUAUCCCAUUAUAGAUAUAGCGGACGAAGAUGAUGACACUAUUAAUGAGGAUGACUUAGUGUGA